AUGCAACAUCAAAGCAGAUCAAUGGCAUUCGUUUGCUGCUACCAGUCAGCAGAGCAGCUACUAAACACUGUUAGCGAAACUGUAGAUACAGUCGCUGACGCAAUACUGUACCUGGAAUUCAACAUACUUUACCGCGGGCGCAAGUAUAAAUUGCUAAAUUUCGCAUUUGAUGACAAGCCACAGCUCUACCUAACAAUAAUGGCACGUUUUUCAACAGCCAUUCAUUAUUUCAUCAAAAUUGUCAUUUACGUUACACAAGUGUUCUUCGCUUUAAAUCGCUAUUUUGCAUGCAGCAGUCCACUGCACUAUGAAAAGGUAAUCUACCUUCUUUCCGUUCCUUGCGCUCAUUUUUAA